AUGUAUACACCUCAAAACGACAACCUGCUCUGGAAGCACUCUCCAGAGAUCGACAUGCUGUCGCAAGACAACGCAGCAUCUCAGGCCGCCGCGCCAACCUCGAAAUUUAACCCUACUACUCUUCACGAAGCUAUGGAUGGUCUUGAAGGCCCAUCCAUUGGCCUUGACGUUUCAUCAAACUUCGAGGAUGAAGAGAUUAUCAGACAGAAUGAAGAGGCUAGAGCCAGACAAGAGAAGGCGCGACAAGAGAUCACCAUUGAAGCACUGGAGGCAUUUGGCAUCCACAUCAAUGCAUUCAUGGGUCCAUCGCUUGACCAUGAGAUGCAAGGAGACAUCUCGAACCAGUCAAGCCAGAAAAGUUCAAGAACCAUUAUCAACGUCCGCAAAGACUUCUUCCUCGACCUGGGCAACUUUCCCGAGCUCAACGUCGAACUUGCAAAGCAUCUCCAGCUUAACGACUUUGUGUCUCUAUACGCCAUCUCCAAUGACUUCCACUGCGCAGUCAACAGCCAACUCACCUCUGUUAUGGUUAAUCUUUCGCAUCGCUUAGCCCCUGAGUCUGCCGAAAUAUUCCGCUUCACUUUUUACGACGACCUCUGCACUACGGACCCGAUGAAGCACCCUCAUCCAGUUAUCCCAUCCGCAAUUCGUAGGGUCCCGAGUAUCCGCUGGCUCCGGAUGGUCAUCCAUCGAGACAAGGCAGUCCGCGAUAUCCUAGCCUGCAUGGCGCGCCAAGGUCACCGAAUGCCCCAAGGCAUGAGCAUGACUCUGAAGAAGAUGUGGCUGCUCAUGGACAUCUCCACCAACCGCCACCGAGUCCAGUUUAUGCACGGCAAAUCCUGGACUGAUUCGGAUUUGUAUAAUGUUCAGAUGUUUGUCGUCAAGUUGGAUAUGCGGUUCAACGACCCCAUCGAUGGACCGGGAACUGACCAUAUGAGGAAGCUGUUCUUGGGACAGAGGGGUUUGAGCCCGUUGUGUAAGUUGCUCAAACGCACGGGGUUUACUACUACUGAGGACAUCCUCAAGCUGGCUGUCAAAUACUCGCACCAGGUCCGACCAGAGCAUAAAGGUUACUCGAUCUGGGGGGUUCCUCCUCAGGAUAUCGGGACGGGCCAUCUGGAGGGAUGGGGAAAGGGCAACACUCACUUGAUGCGACCGGAUGAGUUGGUUAUGCGAGAGUCUGUGAGGCGAGGAUUAGGGUUGAAGCAGCACAUUAUGAAUAUGAUGCUUUGGGGGUACAUUGAUCCGGUCACUACGCAGAAUACACCAGCUACGGCGGAGGAGAAAUAUAUGUCCGAUGAUGAGGAAGUCCCUAUCGAUCCGGACUGGAACGAUUAUGAAGAUCCUAACACCGAUCAGGACAUGGCUGAUGCUGCUGGAUGA